AUGUUUUGUAUAAGAGAUUACUUCAGAAAGAAGACAUUCUCGAAAACGGAAUUAUGCCGUGAAGGUCUGGUCGAUAACAUAGCAGUUACUAGUGAAGGAGUGGAUUGGAUCACAGAUGAGAUUUCUCAUUCUAGAUUAUUUGACCUCAGUGAAAGUGUCUUAAUCAAGGAGGAUCAGAUAAAAAAUGUAGAUCGAAUAGGUAUUUCUCAUGAAACACUUAGACGUCGUGCUUUGAAUUACAUUUAUGAAGCACGAUACACUUUGAACAAUUUACACAACAUUUUUACCCAAUUAAAAAAAGUUAAUCAAAAGGAAUUGGACACUGAAACAGUUUCAUCAAUACAAGCAUCGUUAGUUCGUUAUCGACAGAAUAUGGAGGAAACUAUUACACACUUGCAAACUAUACUUAACAAACUAGGUGAAUUAGAUGAAUUUUCACAAAUCAGAAAGAAUGGCUUAAAUAAGCUUUCACAGCGAUUACAGGAGAAGAUUCAAAAACAACAGAAUCCGUCAGAUUGUAAAAAGGCCAAAUAUGUAACAUUAGACUUCACUAAUAUAUGUGGAUUGGAUUGUCGCAUGCAUCAACUCAUGUACUGCUUACAAUUGGGUGUUGAAAAUGGGGGUGUUUUUGUAUUAAAGAAACAUCAUUCUGGAGACCCAUUUCGAGAAUGGCUUCAUCAGAGCAUGUUACCACUUUCUGA